AUGCUAUGGUCUUCCGUGAGUACGGGUAACACAUCAGAUAUUGACUUUAUGUCUGAGAUUGGUAGAAUUCAUAAUGACAAGCAACUAAGUAAAACUAAAAAUUCAUCAGCAGCCUUUGUUCGAAUUAAAUUGAGUAGUGAUGAUCGUCGUGUAUUAUCGUCAUUCCCGUAUGGCAUUUCACAAAUAGAUGGUCAAAAACAUAUUAAUGGCUUUUUAAUAAGAAAGCAUUAUUCAGGUCUUAUUAGCAAAAAAUCUCAUCUGCGUACACAUAUUUGUACUCGCCGUAUAGAAACAAAUAUAGCGAUUAAUUUAGCACCUAUUCAAAUCAAAUUGCAACAAAUAACUGACGAUGAAUAUGAAAAAGAAUUUCGUAUCUGA